GGUCGGCAGCCGGCGCCGGUGGAGACAUUUGCGCCAGCAUGGCGAAGUGCACUGUGAUCGGGGUGAUACUGGUCUGGACCGCCGUGGCCGGCUGUUCCGCGGAGCAGCAGCAGCAGCAAGCCGUCCUGCCCAGCGCCAUGGCUGACGACAUGGUCAGCAUCAUCGCCAGAACAGUUCAGGAAGAACUCCGGCCCAUCGUCAGAAGACUUGAGUCUCGGAUGGAGUCGCUGGACAACAGACUGUCUCUGCUCGACUCUCGAGUGACGGAACUUACCGUCAAUCUUUUGAGGAGCAGCCUGGGUGAGCAGAUGGAUGAGCUGUCCAGUCAACUCACUGGAAUCACUGCGAGACUCGACCACCAGCAGUCACAACUGACUGAUCUUAAUACCCAGUUGAACAGUCAAAAAUCGGUUCAAAACGAGGUUUCAGUCAAAAUGGAUAACCACACGGCACGCCUUGACAGCCUGGCUUCCCAGGUUGACAUUCUGGGAUCCAAGCUGACCGUCGUGAUAAACAAGACAUCAUCCCAACAGGAUAUCAUUGAAGAUCCGGCUGCUACGGUAGAUCAAUUGACCCCUCCCCGUGAUUGCAGCGACCUGCCUGUCGACUCCCCAUCUGGGGUCUACCUCCUUCAGCCCAGUGGCGACAGCCAACAGCCACCCGUCAAGGCGUACUGCGAUAUGGACACUGUCGGAGGGAGAUGGACGGUAAUCCAGAGGAGAGACGACUUCCAGCCCCGCCAGAACUUCUAUCUCGGAUGGCAAGAGUAUAAGAAAGGCUUUGGAAAUUUAACAGGAGAAUUCUGGCUGGGUUUAGCGAACAUAAGGCAGCUGACGUCAUCAAACGACCGACGGCACGAGCUCCGCAUUGAACUAGAGGCUUUUGACGGCAGUCAAAGAUACGCUCUAUACCAAGACUUUCGCAUCUCAUCUGAGCUGGAUGGCUACACAUUAAGCAUUUCUAACUAUACGGGAACUGCCGGGGAUGGUCUCCAGUGGCAGUGGAGCGUCAAUAGGAAGUUCUCGACCCGUGACCGUGACCAGGACGGCUGGCCUGACGGGCACUGUGCGCGGCGCCAUCGGGGGGCCUGGUGGUACGGCGAGUGGUGCGAGUUGAGCAGCCUGAACGGACGGUACCUGGGAGGAGCGGACUGGGACGGGACGGGAAUAUGGUGGUGGGAGUGGAGACGCAGGGAGUCACUGAAGAAGACCGAAAUGAAGAUCAGGCGGACCUAAGUAAUCUACACAAAACGAGGAUAUCACAGUGUUGUACUGCUAUGCAGUGCUAGACGGACAAAUUCUCACAUGCGAGAUAGGACUCUUAGGUAUUAGCCGGGUGUAAAUUUGAUGGAAUAGUUUAGUAGGUGAGAGGCAUGUACAGUAAGGGCCGGUGAGGGAACGUAUAGAGGCCUGCAUGCUGCAUACAUGGUGCCCAACGGCCAACCCACAGAGUUCACCCUUGGCCAAAAAGCGUUCGUGGAGGCCUUGAAAACUGGCAUGAGGUCCUCCGGUACCGGUGUGGGGUCCUCGGGCAUGGGGAUGGAGCCCUCGAGCAUUGGCCUGGAAAGAAACCCUUAAGAGCCGGUGAGCCUGCAUGGGCUCUCCGACUUGGCUAACGAAACAUAGUUGUGCAAAAUAAAUGUUUGUAAACCCUCAUACCAGAUUUGUAUACCCGCUUACGACUUGCUGACGAA